CUCUGCCAAGUUUUAUCUGUUAAUUUAGAAUGCAGAAAUGAACCUUUUAACUUUACUCUGAAAGCAAAUGUUGACUUUGUUUUAUAGUAAUCUGGACUUUGCACAGGAGGGGAAAAGCCUGACAUUCCUGAAAAUGGCAGCUGAAACAUCCACAGAAGUUCCAAAAACUGCUAGACAAUCCGUCCUUAAAGAAGAGGUAAUUGUAGAAAGAAAAUGGUUGAAGCUUGAAGAAACAACUUACACUGAUCCCUUUGGUAAAACCAGAACUUGGGAAACUGUAAAACGUACUGGCAACAAAAAGGGUGUUUCAGCUGAUGGUGUAGCAGUGAUAGCAGUGCUACAGAGAACUCUCCACUACGACUGCAUUGUCCUAGUGAAACAGUUCAGGCCUCCAAUUAACAGCUAUUGCUUGGAAUUUCCUGCAGGACUCAUCGAGGAAAAUGAGACUGCAGAAAGCGCUGCAUUGCGAGAGUUGGAGGAAGAAACUGGGUACAAGGGGGAAGUCGUUGAAUGUACUCCAGCUCUCUGCUUGGACCCAGGUUUGUCAAACAGCACAACACACAUUGUGAGUGUCACCAUUAAUGGAGAUGAGGCUGAGAAUACAAGACCUAAGCAAAAACUUGAUGAUGGAGAAUUUGUGGAAGUUCUUUCACUUCCAAAGAACGACCUACUGCAAAGAAUUGAUGAACUCAUAGCAGAAGAACAUGUGGCAGUGGAUGCCAGGGUUUAUACUUACGCAUUGGCCCUGAAGCGUGCAGCAGAAAAACCGCUACAAGUCCCUUUUAUGAAGUUCUAAAACUAGAUGAUGAGAAAUUUAGUUGAAAACUGCCCAAUGCAGAUGGCUUAGAAGUGUAACUCUUCUUGUAACAAAGGUCCUUUGCUUUACUUGCAGAGCAAAAAAAAAAAAAAAAUAGUAUUUGUAGGAAUGAUUCUCAUGUUUUUAUCUGGAAUUAUGUAACUGACCAAAAGCAUUUCUUCUAACUGCUCAACCUAUCAAGCCUUGACAGAAUAAUCAUAAUAAAAAUGCUGUUUAAUUUUCAGAA